AUGAACCUCAACGAGAAGGACUGGGAAAUUGCUCGGGCAAUUAAGGAUCCCGACCGUGUGCGCGAGCUUCUGUCCCAGGGGCAUAAGCCAGAUGCCUUUGAUCUUUGUGAAGCAGCGCGUCACGGGGCUCAAUGCGCAGGCGCGGUAGAGACAGUUGAAAUCCUGCUGGCUACUGGCGUCAUUGAUCCAAAUGCUAGGCCAGAUUACGCAGAUCUCACCAAUGUGGCAGGAGUAGAGAAGGACUGGGCCAGCAGUGAUAAGAGCUCUUCGCCCCCCGAAAUCUACAAGGAUCCAGACGAGUGGUAUCCUCUUCACCUUGCAUUAACAUGUUCACGUUACCCUGCAAACUGGCAAGUGCAAAAAAGGAACAUGACACAAAUGGCAACAGCACUCCUGCAACAUGGUGCUGAUCCUUAUGCGAUCUUUCGACAAACAAUCAGGAUCUACAACUAUUGGUCGCGCUUCCCUGGUGAGCCACAGGAUGACAAGGUCAUUGAUGAGGAUGCUGACCUGGGACUUACCCAACGUGAGCGUCGCGAGGAGCGUGAGCAAUACCUACUCUGCAAAUCCUAUUCAACAGACUCAGUUCGACCCUUGUUCCCCCGCAAGUAUGGUGUGUGCAGCAUCAUACACUUUCUCCUUCAAGAAGGAGAGUUCAUCAAGCCAGUACUCGACUUCUUAGGCAGCAACCUUGAUCUCGAGCAUAGAGAUCCGCAGGGCCGAACGCUUCUCCUUUCUGCCUGUCGGAGUGCCUUAGGCGCUGAUGCUGCAGUUGACGGCGUGCAUCUAGAAGUGUUCAUUGGGGUAACCCAGCGUGGAAUUGAACAUAAUCCAUUCCCACAGCCCGAUAACUACUAUAAAGCUAAUGAAAUCGCUGGAGUAACCACAACGACCUCACCAGACACACCAACACUGCUUGAGUACUUGGUUAAUCGAGGCGCAAAUGUGCUGGCAGUUGAUAACUACGGAAAGAAUGCUCUGCAUCACCUCCUUGAGGCAAGACAUCAACUGCGCUCUAGUCAACCGCCUGUCAUUAGUGCCUCCCUCCGAUACGUGGCUAAUAACUAUGGGUCGCUCGUCAACAUGCCUGACAAGGCAGGUGUGUAUCCUUUAAUCGCUGCUUUAUCCCGCAUUCGAGCCUACUGGUCGAAUACUAAGCAUCUGGGCACACUGGAGAGUGCAAUCGAUGAUCUGCUGGCGGCAGGUGCAGAUCCCCUAGUCCGUGAUCCACGCGGUAAUACUGCUCUGCAUUAUCUGGCGUUGAGCUGGCUAGAUGACUUUGGCGUGCGCGGCGAUGAACAGCGACGCCUAUGCCGUCUACUUCUGGACCGCGGCGUGGAUUCAAAUGCUCGGAAUGCGGAUGGGCAAUCUGCUCUCGAGUUAUAUUUCACAGCAUUCGACACAUUUCUUUAUCAGGAUCGUCAGGGGUUUAGCUGGACUGAAUGGCAGGAUAUGGAUGAGCCAUACGCCAAGAUCGAUGAAGAAGUCAUCAGGAUCUUCGAAGAGGCCGGUGUAGACUUGACGGCAAAAGACCACACGGGAGAUACGCUACUGCAUCUAGUGGUGAGGAAAUGGACACUGAGGACUUAUGAUAGGGUUUUGCUUCUUCUUUCAAAGGGCCUGGAUCCUAUGGUGCGGAAUGCAAAGGGCGAGACGCCUAUCGAUAUUGCCAUGGUUAACGAGCCAGGCGGAUUAGGACUUUGUGCCACUACUAUGAAAGAGCAUAUCAGAGGAUGA